UGACUUUCACGUCCAGUAGGUGGCGGUAUGCACCUAAACCACGGUGGUGUGAUCCGCGAAUAAAAACAACGAAGAGUAAGUUGUAAACGCGUGUGCGUAGUCAGCAGCAAACUAACUCAACUGUUUAAAAUGGCAAAAAGCCUCAGGAGCAAAUGGAAAAGGAAGAUGCGUGCAGAGAAGAGGAAGAAAAACGCUCCCAAGGAGCUGGUUCGUCUGCAAAAAGCUCUAAGUCUGGAUCAGAAACCGGAUGACAUUAUGGCCGAUAUACAGGAGAUCGCCAUCGUGGUGUCGGCUGACAAAAUUAAGAAGCAGACAGACACCGAAAUGGAGGAGCCAGAGAGAGAUGAUGAAAAAAUGGACCUGGACAGCAAACGCAACAAGAAAAGUCUGCUGAACGAACACGGACAGUAUCCUGCAUGGAUGAGCCAGCGGCAAGCCAAGAAAGUGAAAGCCAAACGACUAGCAAAGAAAGGUGGUAAACCCAAAAAGAAGAAGGGAAUCGCCUGGUAACACGGGGGGGAACCUUUGCCUUUUAGACUUUUACAGAGAAACCCAGGAUGAUCUAGUCCAGUAUCCAUGUUAACUGUUGACAUGCUGAUACUGAAUCUUUGAGAGUCACAGAGGUUCCAAGCAGGAUUUCACUGCAGGAAAUGUUAUGGAACAGUAAAUGGGGGGGGGGUGUUUAAAAAGUUUUGAUUUGGAGUAGCUUAUUGUAUCAUAGCAACAGCUAUGUAAAAAAAUAAAUGAUUUCCCGUCA